GAAAUGGCGGCUUUCACAUGUAGAGGUGCGUGAUAAUUUUAUCGGCAUAGUCUCCGACGACCUUCACGUGGAGGAAGAACUGAAAACUAGACAAAGUAUAAAAGAAAUUUGCUAGUAAACGAGUAUGAGCCGAUACAAAAGAAAAAGUGACCGAAAGCUGGUUUUUACAGAGGAAAAUUUGGAAGAUAUAAAGCGUAAAAUCACUGAAGGCUGUAGUAAGAGAAGUAUAGCUAGAGAAAUGGGUAUAAAUGAAGCUACCCUACGAAAACGAUUAAAAUGUGGCACUAUUCCGAAAUCGUUAGGGCGAUUUCGAAGUGAUAUUCCUGAAAAUAUGGAAAUUGAAUUGGCACAGCAGGUACGAGAUUUAGAUUCGCGAUUUUAUGGCAUUACUAAGAAGAAUCUACAAAUAGCAGCAUUUAAGUUUGCUCAAGUCAAUAACAUUCAACAUCGAUUCAACAAAAUCACAAAAAUGGCAGGCCCAUCUUGGAUAAAAGGUUUUUGUCACCGGCAUAAUAUAUCACUUCGUCAACCAGAGAAAUGUGCAAUGGGUCGAAUCAUGGGAUUCAAUAAAGUUCAGGUGAACAGAUUUUAUGAAAAUCUUAAAAUUUUGUACGAAAAGAGGAAAUACAUAGCAAGUUCAGUUUACAACAUGGACGAAACGGGGUUGUCAACAGUGCCGAAUAAAUUACCUAAGGUAUUAAGUAGCAAAGGUAAGAAACUGGUGGGAAAAGUGGCGAGUGCUGACCGAGGACAGCUUGUAACCGCUGUAUGUUGUAUGAGCGCCACAGGAACGUACAUUCCUCCAGCAAUGAUAUUCCCCAGGAAAAGAAUGAAAGAGGAGCUCUUUUUAAAUGCACCAACGGGUACCUAUAAAAUGGUGUCUGAAUCUGGAUUUAUUAAUACAGAGUUAUUUUGCCAGUGGUUGGUUCAUUUUAAGAACUGCACCAAACCUAGCGCUGAAAAUCCAAUACUUUUGAUACUUGAUAACCAUAGUUCACAUCGCGAUUUACAAGCCAUACAAUAUUGCAGGGAAAAUCACAUAGAUUUGUUAUCUUUACCUCCCCAUGCAAGCCACAAGAUGCAGCCCCUAGACGUUGGCUUCUUUGGCCCUUUGAAAAAUUCAUACAGCAGAGAAUGUGAUAAAUGGAUGACAAAUAAUCCCGGGAAGGUGAUAACACAAAUUCAAGUCGCCGGACUAUUUAACAUUGCUUACACUACCGUUGCAAACAUUCAAAAGGCCGAAAAUUCAUUCAAGGCGACUGGAAUCUAUCCCUACAAUCCAGAUAAGUUUGAUGAUCUUGAUUUUGCACCGUCCUUGGUCACAGAUUUUCCUACCAGUUCUAAUACAAAUGAAAAUAAUGUCACCGAAGCUAUGGAACAGAACGUGAUAAUUAACACAGUUUUAUCAAAUAACCAGCCUAAUGAAGAAAUUUCGGAGGCCGAAUUAUCUAUUCCAUUGGACAUAACACCACCACCAGUCAGCAACGAUGUCAUGCACGUGACACCAUCAUUAGAUAUUAUCAAUAGUGAAAUAGUGUGUGAAGAUGGUGUGGUGAUACCAAACACUUUGCAAGGAGUGGAAGAAAAUUAUUUCAAUCAAUCGAUACCAGUUUCAGAUAUUUUACCUUUGCCGCAAAUACAAGAUAAGCCAAAUCGUUGUAAAUCUAGAUCUCAGAAAUCGGAAAUACUAUCCAGUACCCCAUUCAAAAACGAACUAGAGGAACUGGUUCAAGCAAAAACAACUAAACAAGAAAGGAAAGCAGAUAAAAUGAAAAGAAAAUUAGUAGUUAGUAGUUCAGGAUCUGGAACAUCACGAAAACAGCAAAAGAAAAAACACAAUGACAAAGAUGAAAAGGACGUGAGCUGUCCAGGAUGUGGGGAACUAUAUUCCAAGUCUCAAGAUGACUGGAUUAAAUGUUCUGAAUGCAACAAAUGGUGGGAAGAAUCAUGUACAACCUAUGUAACAGGAAAUUUUGUUUGUGCCAGCUGUGAAGAGUGAAUAAGUUGAUUGUAUUUUCUAUUUCUAUUGUUUCUUUUUUCUAUAAUCUCUAAAUAAACGUUUGUUCUCAUUAUAUUUGAUUCUUCAUACCACUUUUACAUUCAAAAAGUAUAUGCGUACU